AUGGCCAGUCGUACAACGAAGGAUCAGCUUGAAUGUCGCCUUCGUGAAAUGGAACAGAAGGUAAAAGAACAGACUGCCGAAAUAAAUUCUCUUAAUGAUACUAUCCGAGAGCUCAAAGUGGACAACCGAGAGAAGGCUGACGUGAUCCACGAGUUCAAAGAAGUUUGCUCCGAGCUCCGCAAGUGCCUAGCGGACGCCCGUCAGAAGAGUUAUGCCGAAGCCGCCUCCACUCCGAAGCCGCACGAACCGAUGACGUCGCCGCUUGCUUAUGCCAUGCAAGCACAGAAGGCUCUUCGCUCGAGGGAAGAACACGAGAAAGACCUGACCGUUGUUGCGAUCGGUGUACCGGAGUCGACUGACGAGAACCUUCAAGAAGCCGUCCAGGAAAUCCUUGGCGCAAAAGGAAUUUCUUCUGACGUCGUUGAGAAGGUCUGGCGCCACGGAGAACGGAAGGACAACAAAAACCGGGUAGUGAAGAUAAAACUACGAAACGACUACAACCAUCGGCUCAUCAAGUAUACCAUCGGAUCUUCUUCCUUCUGCCGCUACGCGAGAAACGAUCUUUCGUACGAAGAACUAGCCGAGGACAGACGUCUGAGAAACUAUGCGCGUGAGCUAAAUCGCAAAGAAGGAAGUUAUACAUACGUCGUGCGUGACCUGACCAUCGUCAAGAAAAAGAAUCCUACCCCAUUUACCCCAUUUGAGGAGCAGGUUCAGGAGGAGAGCGGCUAUAAGACGGUUUCCAACUCCCCACAAUGA